AAUCAAUUCAUGCAUAUGCUACCUUUCAUCACUACAAGAGCGCAUUCUCGUGAACUGUUUAGGAAGUAAUAAGUUCCAAGAUGUUCGCUUACGCUAUACGUUCAUACUUCCUCGUCGCCAUCGUAGCUGCCAGUCUUUGGCGUACGCCAUGCCGAAACAAUCCAUGCCAAAACGGAGGCGCGUGCUAUUCUUUCCCGAACCACAGUGAGGAAUUCGUCUGCAUAUGUACUGCCGGAUGGGACGGACAAUUCUGCACGACUCCUUUCCGGUACAUGGGAUGUUUUACUGACACUUCGACCCGUAUCAUGCAUGUCAGACUACCUGAUUCGAAAUCAAACUCGCCGAUGGAGUGCGCCGCUCGUUGCCAUGGCUACGCUUAUAGCGGCACGCAGGUCGGCAUCGAGUGCUAUUGUGGAGACUGUCUGAACGCCGUGAAAAGGCCGGAUAGCGAAUGUAUCAAGGCGUGUCCUGGGGACAGCAGCAAGUAUUGCGGUGCAGACUGGAGGAUGAGCGUCUACAGCAACAGGGCUGUGGGAAUGCCUCGUGAAGAAGGAAAAUUGUGGUUCAGAAACAACACUGUGUGAGCUGAUACCAACUGCCCGAAUGACACGUUUCGCCUAUCGAAAACUGAUUGCUUUGGUUAUUUCUAUAGAACAAUAUAUUCUUCCUCUUAACUUAGUGCCUUAUUACAAAGAAAAGUGUUUGCAUUCUACUUUGCUAAGCAGUUUCAGCAUGGAUAAAAGUUAUAUUAAAGACUGAUUCUCCUAUGUUUAUGUAUGCUCACAAUAAAAGCUUUCUUCGGCAA